AUGACGUCGGCCACCAAGGUGUACUACAGCCAGACCACGCAGACCGACAGCCGCCCUCUGAUCGGCGCGGCGCUGCGUCGCCGCCGCGUCAUGACCAAGGACGGCCGCAGCAACGUGCGCAUGGAGCACAUCGCCGACAAGCGCUUCCUGUACCUCAAGGACCUGUGGACCACUUUCAUCGACAUGCAGUGGCGCUACAAGCUGCUCCUCUUCUCCGCCACCUUUGCCGGCACCUGGUUCGCCUUCGGCGUCGUCUGGUACCUGGUGGCGGCGGUGCACGGCGACCUGCUGGAGUUCGAGCCGCCGGCCAACCACACGCCGUGCGUCAUGCAGGUCCACACGCUCACCGGCGCCUUCCUCUUCUCCCUGGAGUCGCAGACCACCAUCGGUUACGGCUUCCGCUACAUCAGCGAGGAAUGCCCGCUGGCCAUCGUGCUGCUCAUCACCCAGCUGGUCCUCACCACCAUCAUGGAGAUCUUCAUCACCGGCACCUUCCUGGCCAAAAUCGCCCGGCCCAAAAAGCGAGCGGAAACCAUCAAAUUCAGCCAAAACGCCGUGGUGGCCCAACACGACGGCAAGACGUGCCUGAUGAUCCGCGUGGCCAACAUGCGCAAGAGCCUCCUGAUCGGCUGCCAGGUGACGGGCAAACUGCUGCAGACCCACCUCACCAAGGAGGGCGAGAGCGUGCGGCUCAACCAGCUCAACGUGGACUUCCAGGUGGACACGUCGUCCGACAGCCCCUUCCUCAUCCUGCCGCUCACCUUCUACCACGUGGUGGAUGACACCAGCCCCUUCCGCGACGCGGCGCUGCGCACGGGCGAGGGGGACUUUGAGCUGGUGGUCAUCCUCAGCGGCACGGUGGAGUCCACCAGCGCCACGUGCCAGGUGCGCACCUCCUACCUCCCCGAGGAGAUCCUCUGGGGCUACGAGUUCACCCCCGCCAUCUCGCUGUCGGCCAGCGGGAAAUACGUGGCGGAUUUCAGCCUCUUCGACCAAGUGGUGAAGGUGGCGGCGCCGUGCUGCGUCCGCGAGGCCGUGAGGUUCGGGGACCCCGAGAAGGCGAAGCUGGAGGAGACGCUGCGCGAGGCGGCGGAGCGCGAGGGAGCACCGCUCAGCGUCCGCAUCAGCAACGUCUGAGCCACCGCCGG